CCACAUUACGUCAUUGGGACUUGUGCACUUGUCGAUCGCAGUGGAUUAGGGGGGGUAUGCAGCUCUUCAUGAGGCGAAGCAUGCACUUGCAGGACCGCACCGGACAGCCGUUCGUCUUCCCGUGGUCUGGUCUGGUUUAAUAUCUUAGUAGGUGAAAACACAGGAGGGUAACAGGCCGGACUUCGUUCGGGCAUUAUAGACGCGCCCGGCUUGUUUAUCUCUGGUGCGCAGCGCGACGAGGAGCCAGCGCAGGAGGAUCAGAUAACAAGGUUGUGCCAUCACACACAGCACAAUGCUGGGCUGCUUGCUGCGAGGAGGCUGCUGUCCUCUGGUCUGCCUGUGGGUCCUGCUGCUGCCUCUGGUCUCCCUUCAUCGCUUGAACCAGCACGGGCGCAGGGGCCACGCCGUGAGGGACCGGCCCAAGCUGCUGCUCGUGUCCUUCGACGGCUUCCGCUGGGACUACGUUGACCGGGUCCCCACGCCUAACUUCCACAGCCUCAUGGACGAGGGGGUGACAGUGGAGCAGGUGGAGAAUGCUUACAUCACCAAAACCUUCCCCAACCACUACAGCUUGGUGACGGGUCUGUACGCCGAGACGCACGGCAUCGUGGCCAAUGAGAUGUACGACCCUGUUCUGAACCGUUCCUUCUCCAUGGAGACAGACAGUAUUUAUGAUUCACGGUGGUGGGAGGAGGCAGUGCCUCUCUGGGUAACCAUCCAGAAAUCUGGAGGGCGGAGUGGGGCGGCAAUGUGGCCUGGGUCCGAUGUGAAGAUCCACGGCAUGUUGCCCACUCAGUUCCUCCCGUACAAUGCCUCAGUCUCCUUUGAAUCCAGAGUGGAGCGGAUUAUUGAGUGGUUCUCUGCACCUAAAGAGGAAGCGGUGGAUUUUGGAGUUCUGUACUGGGAGGAGCCUGAUGAGAGCGGGCACAGACUGGGACCUCAGAGUUCCCUCAUGGAUGUGGUCAUCGCUGGGAUCGAUGAGAAUCUCGGCUUCCUGAUUAACGAGCUGAAGAAGGCUGGGCUGUAUGAGAAAGUGAACCUGAUAGUGACCAGUGACCACGGGAUGACACAGCUUUUCUCUGAUAAUAUCAUAGAGCUGGAUCAGUAUGUUAGCAGAGACCUGUACACCUGGGUGGAUAAGAGUCCAGUGGUGGGAAUACUGCCCAAAGAAGGGAAGCUGGAAGAGGUGUACAGUAAGCUGGUGGAUGCAAACCCAAACAUGGUGGUGUACAAGAAAGAAGAAAUUCCCAACCACUUCCAUUAUCAGCACAACACCAGGAUCAUGCCCAUCAUCAUAGAGGCCAAGGAGGGCUGGACCGUCAUGCAGAACAGGACUGGGCCCUUCAUGUUGGGAAACCACGGCUAUGACAACACCUUACGUAGCAUGCAGCCUGUGUUCGUGGCGCGUGGCCCAGCCUUUCGACAGAACUAUGUGAAGACCUCCAUGCGCUCUGUCGAUCUUUACCCUCUCAUGUGCCACAUCCUGUCCAUCCGCCCUCUGCCCAACAACGGCUCCCUCCAGAACGUUCAGGACCUGUUGUCCCCAGAGGCAGCUCCGCCCGCACCCAGCAUCCCUCCUAGGGUCAACAAGUACUCCUACGCCCCAGUCGUGGGCUCUUUCCUCAGCGUGGUGAUGGUGCUUGGCUUUCUGGUGUUCUACAUCAGACAAGUGACGCUCAAACAGCUGCCCUCACUAAAACACAGAAGCAGGGAGAUGUCGCAGCCUCUGCUGCAAGAGGACUUGCACCUGUAGCUGAAGACCCAGAAAGGAUGGCAGACAUAAAAGAAGAGGAGGUAUUGCUCCCCAAGGUAGUCUGUUCUGUCUAGAAGCAUCCCCCGAACGCCUCCCUUACGCCAGUAGUUGCCAUUGUGCUGCUCUUUUAUUUGCUGGAGAUCAAGAGAAUCUAAUCUAACCUCGUAAUCACGUAUAGAGGUACAUCUUGUUUGCUCAAGUGUGAGGGAAAUGUUCGGGGUUUGCUUCUGGUGCAGGCUUAAUCAAGAUAAUAAACCUUUACAUGGGCUUUAUAGUGGCUUUGCUUUGAUUGUGAAUUCUACCUAAAAUCAUCUCAUCAUUUUCAUUGUCACUUACAAAUAUAAAAAAAAAAAAUCAAAGUUAAGAGUGGGAUUUUAACCUGUGAUUGUGGCAAGUAUGAGCCUUUGGUGGCUAAAACUGUGACUUGAAUAAUAUUAAGGUGUCAGUAUGCUCAAAAUGACUUCGUUUCUCUGAAAGCAUUUAUAUCUGUUAGGUACAGCCACACUCCAAGGCAGGGUGAAAAGCUUGCCAUCAUAGAAAGGAUUGGAAGCAAUAAUCAUUCAUUUAAAAUCCUUGAUGGCAUUCAUAGUGUUGCACUCGUGUGUGUAGGAGAACAAGGAAAUGUGUGAAGAUAAAUAUAAAAUGAAAUAGCUUGAGAGAGAAGUUGAAGUCCUGCCUGCCUUUUGCAAUCUUGCCGGUCAUUGUGUGGUUAUUAGAUUGUUGGUUUUGGAAAGUUACAGAUAUUGUCGGAUACAGCACCCCCCCCCCCCUUCCCCACCACCAAUUCCGAUGUUGGUAAGGUUCAGAGGGAGGCAGCUUCAGAUGCUGUUCAAUGAUCCAAAAACAACUUCUUUUGAAGCAUCUUGACACCUUUAUUUUCUGACAGUAGCGGUGAUGCAGCAGGCAGUAGAUUUGGUUUAUUCGACAUUUUCAAAUCUAUGCAAAGCACAUUUGUGUGUUGCAGAGGAGAGUUGAGGCCUUGUCAGAGUUUUUCCCACCAAUCGCUCUACUUGAGGUCUGAGCACUGAAGUAGAAGUUACUUCACAAUACAAAUUCUGUGAUUAAGCUGAAGUAUUCAAAACUCUGUUACUUUGAGGAGAUUGACUGAGCUUGGUGUUAACUUUUGAAUGUGACUUGGAAGCAAAUGUCCCACUUAAGACUCACUCCAUGUGCCAGGCUACUGCUCAUAAGUGUAGGUCAUUCCAUGAGCCGACCACAUCACAGUAUUGCUUUUUAGUAGUCAGUUACCAUUUGCCUUUUAACUUAACAGAGAACAUCUCUCUAAGGUGUGCAAUCGUUUGUGUGUAAGUUGGUCAACUUUUUUUUGUAGCGUUUGUUGUCGGGAAGGCAUUUCUUCUGUACAGAUGACUGUGUACUUGCCCCCUCUUCACAUGUUGACCGUCAUGACCAUGGCCAUUUGUUGGUGAAAUGUGAAGUGCAAUUGCUGUUGGUCAGUAUUUCGUCGUAGGGACUUUAAGGGUUUUGUUGUUGCUUGGUUGAGAAGACUUAUUUCGGCAUGACUUGCAAGAACUGUUCCCCUGAUUUGCACUACAGGAGAGAAACGAAACAGAAUGAAGGGGCAGUAGUUGGAUGCUUUUUUAGGUCAUGUAUAAUUUGCACUUCUUGUUCGUAGUUGCUGUUUGAAAUAAUAAAAAGGUUAGGUGCCUCUUGCCAAAAAGCUUUUUAAUUGGCAUAAUCAUAGGAAGUCGAGUAGAAUCCAAAUCUGCCAGUAAAUUAUUCAGAAUAUUUUUUCAAAAUCUCUUUAAGAAAGACUUGGUUCAGUUUUCUUCUUAUGCUUUUAGAUGCACUGACUAAUACCUGUGCCCAAAAAAAAAAAAGACAGACAUCACUGUGAGUAUUUACUUUUUACAAAAUUUAAAUUCAUAAAUUGAAAGAAUUUAUAUG